CAUCGCGCCCGCCGGCUCCGCAAGAUGAGCUCGCGGCUGCGGCACUGGAGGGAAGCGGCGACGCUGCUGCUGGCGGCGGGCGCGCCGGCACGGCCGCCGCGCUCCUCGCUCGGCCCCUGUGACUACGAGCUGCUGCUGCUGCAGCGGAGCUCCCGCAGCGGCUUCCUGCCCAGCGCGCACGUCUUCCCGGGAGGCCUGGUGGAGGCGGCGGAUUUCUCGGCUGAGUGGCUGGGGCUGCUGCCCGCCGCGCCGCACUGUGGGCUGGGCCUCGUGAAGCCGCCGCCUCCGGGCGGCAGCCGGGCGCCGCUCUUCGCCAGCCUCCGGGAGCGGCUGGGCUCGCCGCUGCCGGGGGAAGUCGCCUUCCGCAUCUGCGCCAUCAGGGAGACCUUCGAGGAGGCCGGGGUGCUGCUGGUGGUGCCGGGGCGCGGGCCGGCGGCGGGGCGCGGGCCGGCGCGGCCGCUGCGCGGGGAGCGCCUGCCGCCCGCCGCGGAGCUGGGCCGCUGGCGGCGCCGCGUGCAGGAGGACCCGGCCUGCUUCCUGCAGCUCUGCCGCCACCUGGGCUGCGUCCCCAACAUCUGGGCGCUGCAGGAAUGGAGCAACUGGCUCACCCCCGUCGGCAGGGCUGGCCGCGGCGGCCGGCGCUACGACACUGCCUUCUACCUGUGCUGCCUGGAGGCGCGGCCGCCGUGCACCUCGCAGGACGACCGGGAGGUGACAGCCUUCCAGUGGUCAUCACCUGCAGAAGCCAUUGAACGCUUUAAAUCUCAGGAAAUAUGGCUUGCUCCUCCUCAGUUCUAUGAAUUGUGUAGGUUGUGCAACUUUUCCUCACUUCAUGAGCUACAUCAGUUCAGCUGUGAACGCGCUCUAGAAGGAUGUGAACGUUGGAUGUCAGUGACUUUAACUGCUUCAGAUGGCUACAUUCAGCUAUUACCAGGAGAUGAGUUAUAUCCAGAAGAUCCAGAUUAUACAGGGGAAAAGAAAAUGACCUUGUCAACAGAUAAGAAGAUUGAAGAUCUAAUGAAAGAAGGCAGUAUAUUUCACAGGAUAGUAAUAAAAAACAUCAAUGAUCUUUCUGUUUAUGUUAAUAUUCAAGCAAAAUAUAAACAUAUGAACCCAAUGAUGAUAAAAUCUAGUAAUUCAGAUUACAAUAGCAGAUUAUAGCAUGCAUUUGGUUUAAAAUUAAAUAUAUUUAAUUACAUUUGUAUUCAUUGUUAGUGUUUCUUUUAGUCAGAGACUAAAAUAAUUUACUGCCCUGCCAAAGCAUUCCAUUUGGAUAUAGGUUUGAGAUUUAUGUAUAUCUGAUUCUCUGAAACUGCACAGUUAUGCCAGUUAUGAUAUACAUGUGACUACUGAAAAUUCGACACAACCAUCAACUUCAUUAUAUGAUUAAAAUUAACAGUAAUUAGAUGGUAAUCAUACUGAACCAUUACCACCUUAUUCUACUUACAUACUGAUAGUGGAAUAUGUGGAAUAUGAUGUAACCGUGGUCCUUUGGAUCACACUGGUUCUUUUCUCACUGAAAAUUAAGUGAACAUAUGUUCAGAAUAAAUAUGUUUUGAAUUCAAGAAUUAUUUUACUAUGUUUCCCAGACUUAUCAGUUGAACAAGUGUAAUGUGUUCAUUCCAUUUUUGUUGAAGUCUUCCAGUCUAAUCUCUCUUUCAUUUUGGGGAAAGCCCAUGCAUAUGUUUAUAUGUAAACUUUGCUAAAAUUUACUGAUUGUCUUCUAAUUUUGAUUUUAAACUUAAUGUUUAUAUUUGAUACACCCAAAUUGUUUCUAUUAAUGGUAGUGAUGCAAAACUUUUACCUUUUGAAAUUUGUAAUUUGGACAUAAUCUAAAUCAGCUAUCAGAUUGAGUGCAACCAUUCUCUAUUGUUAUCACACUUACUUUAAAAGAUAUUGACAAUUUUAAAAUAGAAAAAAUAAAUUGUUCAGCUCUGAAAAAGAUAGAAAGAACUUCCGAGUUAGUUACAAAGCAGCAUGUGGGAUGUUGAAAUGUGUAAGCAGAUGUUUCCAAGAUACUAUUUUCUUAAAUGCAUCUUUGUUAUGAGAUUUGAAGACUUCAUAGGAAGCAUUGCUGCUUGCUGGUGCCAGGAUUUUUGGUCUGUUUUGUUUCUUCAGUGUUACAAGUGGAGUAAGUGGGGUGGUGAUGUGAGAUCUCUUCCAUGGGGAAGAAGAAUCAAUGAUGACUUUUAUUAGCCAGUAGAGCUAAGCAGAAAGCUUUGUGUUCUGUAUUUCAAUUAAAAUAAAACUUCUACAAUAUUUUCAUUAAA